GUCCAGGGUCGAAACCAACACCAUUCUGCGCAGGAAUUACCUUCCGAAUCAAACAAUGAGUGCCCUCGCUCUCCCUUCUGCAUUUUUCUUGCUGUUGAUCGGUGCCAGGUCGGUCGAUGGCUUCCUCCAGGAGCACAAUCGCCGCACAGGAUCGAUUUGGGACGGUAGAACCACCGAAGCCUCCGGAAGAGCUGGCCGGCGAUGCUUUCUCGAAGCACUACCCGUGCGCAGCGAUGAAACCGACCCUUCCAGUUCCAAUCCGGCUGCCGGAGCCACGGACCGACGGAGGGCCCUGAAAGCCACGGGCAUGGCGGUAUUCUCGUUGUGGCUCGGAGACACGCUCGGACCUGACAGUAUCCCCUCGAAAUGGGCUGCCUCCGCCGCCGAGGAGGCGGCCUCUUCUGAAGGUGCCUCCAAAACCAUCCUCAUCACGGGAUGCAAUUCCGGCAUCGGGCUCGAGGCCGCACGGAUCCUGGCACGCCGCAACCCGGCCGACAGACUGGUCCUCGCCUGCCGGACGCAGGCCAAGGCCGAGGGCGCCGCCCGGCAAAUCCUGGCGGAGAGCCCGUCUUCCAACCUCGUCGCCGCCGAAUGCGACCUCGCCAGCCUGGACUCCAUCCAGAAAUUCGCCGCCUCCCUGGACAAGCAGCCCCUGGACGUCGUCUGCUACAACGCGGGAAUCGCCCUCAACACCAAGGGCGAGAUCGAGCGGACCACCAACGGCUUUGAAAAGACCGUCGGAACGAACCACCUCGGCCAUUUUUACCUCCACCACCUCCUCCAGCCAAAACUGAACACCAGUACCGCCAAGGUGGUCGUCACCGCGUCGAGUGUGCACGAUCCAGAGAGCCCGGGCGGAAAACAGGGCGUCCCGGCAACCCUCGGUGAUCUCGUGGGCUUUGCCAGGGACGGGAAGAACUUUCAAAUGGUCGAUGGGAACCCUUACAACGGGGACAAGGCCUACAAGGACAGCAAACUAUGCAACAUCUUGUUUUGCAAGGAGCUCCAACGAAGGCUCGGGUCGGACGAAGCCACAAAAAAUAUCGUGGUGAACGCCUUUUCUCCCGGCCUCAUCACCUCCUCGGGUUUUUUCAGGUAUCAAAACCCCGUCUUUUCGUCAAUCUUUAACGUGGCAGCCAGCAGCGUCUUUCGGGUCGCCGAGACACCAGAAUACGGGGGAGCUGCACUGGCAUACAUGACCACGGUCGAGGGGACCAGC